CAGUAUCACAUCUAUCAGGCUGCGCAGCUCCUCCCGGAGUUCAUGCCUGAUGUCGAAAACUUCUUCACCCAGCGCAGGAUGACGAUCUCGGCAGCCAAGUCGUCCGUCACUGUUUUCAUGCUGGAAUUCAAUCGUCAUCCGGCCAUCAUCGGUAAUGUUCCCGGCCAGGCACCCAAUUCACCCCCCGUGGACCUUUGGCUCAAGCCGGUUGCGGUCUCGGCUUUUCUCCGUCUUCCAAAUACUACCAGUUUGGAUUCCGGCGGGGACUCCUGA